AUGCCGACCGACCUCGCGCUUGCGGGCCGCUACCUGCACGACGUCGAGCUCGCGGCGCUCCUGCAGGACAUCGUCCAAGGCGGCGCCCUGCUGACCGUCGUGCUCGACUGCUGCCACUCGGGCGGCGCAAUCCGGGGCGAGGACGACACCGACGCCGACCUUGCAGGCGUCCGAGGCGAGAAGUUAGCGUAUCGGUCCGACCAGGCCGCGGAGCGCAGCGUGGCGCGCUGGGGCCUAAGUUUCGAGAAGGCCAAGGAGAUGAGCGAGAUCCGACCCAGCGACGGAGUCGAGUUCUGGCACGGCCGGCUGACGUACUGGCUGCUGGAUACGGUGCGCACUAGCCCGCUAUGA